AUGGACUUCUUGAAGGUGUACACAGCAAUCAGCACGUUGUCCCUUCUAGCAGUGGACGACAGAACCGAGUUAUGCGUAGACUUCUACGCAUUCAAGGUAGAGAACAAAAAUGCUGUCGCUUCGAAGUACGUCCAAUGCCCGGGUAAUUCCACUGUCGAGGCUGAUUUCGCGUAAGUUUUUUUCUCUUCAGUACCUUGAUGGUUGAGUACGUUUAUGUUUGCUACAGUAAUGUUUUUUGUCGUUUUUAUUAGUGAAUUUGAUUUUUUCAGCAAGUACAAGCUGGAUUCAACAAUCAAGUAUACGAAGCAUAUGAUUGUGCCUCAAAGUACUAACGUUGACACAGUCCUCCACGUUGGGGAGUACGAGGGGCGGUAAGUAUAGUUGCGUGAAUAAUUUUCAAAAUUUAUAUUUUUGCUAUAAAAAUAAUUAAUUUUCUUAUUUUAGGCCCCCACAAGUAGGAUUUUGGUUGGCACCUAACGGACGUGACCCAAAGUUUUUGACUGCCAAGGCAAAACGGGAUGACUUAGUUCAAGUCAGUUCAUCUUCGGGUUACGUGUUCGGCCAGGGGUGCACUUAUCUGGGUUCUUUUUAUUUUCCAAUUAAGAAUCCUAAUUCACUUAAAUUGACGAAUUUCGACUCUCCGAAGAUUUGCGGUAUGACAUUCGGCCACACUUCAGAAGGUCUGAUUUGGGAAGCACAGGGCCAAUGUCUGAAGCUGGUUGUUGAAGGAAAACUUCCUAGUAUGAAGGCAGAGCCCUGCCCGACGGUGGACAAAGUUAUGUUUACCAUGGUAAGAUUUAUAUUUUUUCAAAUUUAAAAAUUAUUUUUGUUUUUUGAACCUCUACAGUAAGAUAGAUACAAGGUGGAGUUAUAUUCUGGGUAGAAAUUGAAAAAUUUAGAAUUUUAGACGGCUUUGAAGAACCGCGACUCCUCGACUCAAGGCGACCUCACUGACGCUCAACUCGACACAACCUUGGCACUCUUGUAUCUAAAGUAAGUUGACGGUUACUGUAACUUCAUCUAUUGAUCUUGGCUUUUCGAAAUUUACAUAAGACCUUAUCUUACUUUAUGUUGGGCUUAUGUUUUGUAAUUGUUGUACGAAAUUUGAUAAAAUGGAAAUGGUUUUAGCUGGAAUUUAAUAUUUUUCCAAUUUUAGAGAGAAGCCACUGACUACAACUACUGAGCUUGAGGAGGAAACUACUACCGAAGUCAAUGCUACUACCCAAGUGGUUGACAUUGUUACCGAGUCCGAGUGAGUUUAGUAUGAGGUUCUGGAAAAUUUUUGAGGCUAAUGAAGAAUUGUUUUUAGUUAUAUGUUGUCAAUUCUCACAAUGUGAAGUUAUUCACACUUUUUUUUAAAAUUAAGUCUCAAAAACUAUACCUAGAGUUUCUAAACUCAUUUUUAAGCACAGUUUUACCACACCUUAUUUCAGCAGUUCACUCCCCCUUUGGCAAAUCGGUUUGAUUAUUGGUAUUGUCCUCGCAGUGCUGCUUCUUGUCCUAGCUGGAGUCUACUGCUACUGCAGGAAGAAGGGUCAGAAUACUCCGCCAGGAUCAGGAACGCCAAGUGACACGCCAGUUGCCGAGACGCCGAACGCAGAGGACAAGGCUUCAAAGAAGGAAAGAAAGACCAAUUCCAAGUCGUCCAGUUCGAAACUCUCUAACUCCAAGUCUUCCAAUCCCAAGAAGUCCAAGUCCAUGAAGUCCAAACCUAAAAAGGUCUUUUUGAUUUACCUCAAUGAAAGUAAUGCAAAUAAAUCUGGUCAAUCUUAA